UGGUUGAGAUUGACAUGGAUGACUUGGGUGAGAACCAGCUUCCUAAUAUCGACCAACAACUCGCAAACUCAGCCAACCUUGCUAAGGAUGCGGAAGACGUCGGUGUACUUGGCCGAGAGGCAUUGCUUAACCACCAAAUACCUGUCCAGGUACGAGAAUCUCGAAGCGGUUCAACCCUGGAGUUGGCUCUUUUCAACCCAACUGAAUCAACUCCUUCUAUGUUCGGAAUGCUUACCUCUCCUCCUACUGAAGGGAUACCUCGAAGUGAUCAAGCUAUCGUUUGCGCCUCAUCGUCGGCUGAGCCUGUGGAACAAACAACAGGUGAUCCUGGUUUGGAGUUACUUCAGUUUCUCGAUACGCUAGAUAACAAUGCGAGCCCGGUAGAGGAAAAGCUUGAGACAAAUGAAACCAAGAAGGCACUUGAAUCGGUCAGACAGUUUUUGGGUUGUGAUACGAGAGCAGUAACCGAGACUAGUUUCCUUGCCUUCAAGGAGGCGGUUGAAGUACUUAUUUCAGCCAACCACUUAUCUCAAGUAGAAGCUUAUGAAGUUCAUGCCCUUUUGUCCCGUGCAAAUUUUAGUCUUUCUCCUUGCUUAGAAGCCCAAAAAGAGUUUGAAACCGGCGAGAAGUUGAUAAGUGAGUAUAAAGACAUUCGCCAGUCUACCGAUCUUGGCCAACUUCAUAAGUUGAAGACUUCUUUGGACGAGGGAAGGCAAAAAGUGCGUGAUUUGAAAAAGCAAUUGGUCGAAGCUGAAGAGCAAGUCAAAGUCACUUCGGCUGCCAUCCGAACCAUUGUUCCUCAACAAGAUCUACCUAGGUAUAGCUUGAUUUUGUCCUCGGUCAAGUCAUACAACAAGAAGAGAGGCAUCUUGAAGAGAAAGGUCGACCAAGGUAUGGAGGACUUGGAAAAGGGAGAUGGCCGUAUUGAUCACUCUUUGCCUCCUCCUGAGAGUUCCAUGGUUGAGAUUGACAUGGAUGACUUGGGUGAGAACCAGCUUCCUAAUAUCGACCAACAACUCGCAAACUCAGCCAACCUUGCUAAGGAUGCGGAAGACGUCGGUGUACUUGGCCGAGAGGCAUUGCUUAACCACCAAAUACCUGUCCAGGUACGAGAAUCUCGAAGCGGUUCAACCCUGGAGUUGGCUCUUUUCAACCCAACUGAAUCAACUCCUUCUAUGUUCGGAAUGCUUACCUCUCCUCCUACUGAAGGGAUACCUCGAAGUGAUCAAGCUAUCGUUUGCGCCUCAUCGUCGGCUGAGCCUGUGGAACAAACAACAGGUGAUCCUGGUUUGGAGUUACUUCAGUUUCUCGAUACGCUAGAUAACAAUGCGAGCCCGGUAGAGGAAAAGCUUGAGACAAAUGAAACCAAGAAGGCACUUGAAUCGGUCAGACAGUUUUUGGGUUGUGAUACGAGAGCAGUAACCGAGACUAGUUUCCUUGCCUUCAAGGAGGCGGUUGAAGUACUUAUUUCAGCCAACCACUUAUCUCAAGUAGAAGCUUAUGAAGUUCAUGCCCUUUUGUCCCGUGCAAAUUUUAGUCUUUCUCCUUGCUUAGAAGCCCAAAAAGAGUUUGAAACCGGCGAGAAGUUGAUAAGUGAGUAUAAAGACAUUCGCCAGUCUACCGAUCUUGGCCAACUUCAUAAGUUGAAGACUUCUUUGGACGAGGGAAGGCAAAAAGUGCGUGAUUUGAAAAAGCAAUUGGUCGAAGCUGAAGAGCAAGUCAAAGUCACUUCGGCUGCCAUCCGAACCAUUGUUCCUCAACAAGAUCUACCUAGGUAUAGCUUGAUUUUGUCCUCGGUCAAGUCAUACAACAAGAAGAGAGGCAUCUUGAAGAGAAAGGUCGACCAAGGUAUGGAGGACUUGGAAAAGGUUAGGGAAAUUCUUCGGUCUCUUCUACCCUCUGACAUGUAGUUAUAGGGGAAUAUGGUAUUCAUCUCGGCUUAUAUUUUGUACAUGGUCCUAGGACCAUAACUCAGCCGGUUGCCUUAAUUUUGUAGAGUCUGACCGACCUUAUUUGUAGGACUCACAUUCUAAUUUGCGUAUAUGACCGGUUGAUCAUUCGGCCGCUAUUUUGUCAAUAGAUUCAGCUUC